AUCGCUGACAUCCUACAUUUACCUCACUCAUCCUCUUUCUCUCGAGCACCAAUGGGAUGUCAGAUAAAAAAGUAACUCCACACCAGUUGCGGAAAGGGUUGACAUAUGUAUCACAAGGUCCGGACUUUAUGCGUAUGCUCACGGGUCAAUCGUCCAGUGCAGCCGAUACGGAUCCUCGAAAUCCUUAUAGAAAACCAAUUGGGAUUGAAGCCAAGUUCCAAACAGAAGAACAGGACGAUGAUGAUGAGCCAGCACACGAUCUCUUAAAUGAGCGCGAAGAAGAGCGCCCUACAGUCGUUGUCCUCAAAGAUAGCAAGCACUUGGAUGAACGGCAGGUUCGAAAUGUGCUGAAAAACCUCCCUCCAGGAUUGUCAGAAGCGAAGAUCAAGAAACGAUUAGAAAAGGAGAUGGAAAAACUCGAAAAAAAUCUGUCUGGAGGUUCUCAUGAGGGACAAGAGAAGGAAGAGGAAGAAGAAGAGGAAGAAGAAGAGGAAGAAGAAGAGCAAGAACCAGUGGAUGCCAAUGGAAAGAUCUUGUUUCGAAAGCCUAAAUCAUCCAAAUUUAAAUCUAACAAGGGAUCUACCAACACCACCUCUUCAAAAAGUAACAAUAAGACUUUUGAUAAGACGUUGUUGACUGAUCUUGAAGCAAAAGCAAAAGCAAAUGCAAUGAAACAAAAAACUGCUGGGUCUCUUUCAACUACGUCUACAGCAUCCAACUCAAAAUCCACAGAUAAAAGAAAAGAAAAGGAUGAAAGUGAUAGCAUAAGUAACGCGGGGAUGAAAAAGAAAAAGCAAAAGACUGCUAAGACAACGUCAUUACUUAGCUUUAAUGAAGAUGAAGAGUGAAUACGACGUGGUUAUCCCUUGACCUAGUCUCCAAAUCACUCCAAUAUAGAAAUAAAUUUUUACUUUGGGU